AUGUCGUCGUACACGGAUUCAGCGGGCUCUGCCCCAGGCAAGCUGUCAAAGUCGCGCAGCAAAACAGUGGUCAAGCCGAUUCUGAAAAAGCUGUCGCACUCGGAAAAGAAUUCACUGGAUCUGGACCGUAGUUGGGAUGAGCAAACGUCAUUUGGCAACUAUGGUGGUAGCCUUGGAAGAGAGAAGGAAGGAUCGUUCGGAGGCAGGGACGUCAGCUUCAGCAUUUCGGCCACCGACCUCAACACCGGCAACGGGAAUGGAAGGAGCAAAUUCAGCCACGCCCGAUCAACCAGUGGCACCUCCCACGUCAGUAUAGCAACCAGCGGCAGUGGCCACCGAAACGGCAGUUUUGUCCACCCUUUCCAACAGACGCCUCGCACCUCAACACCACCUCUAUCGUACGCCAAUUCUUUUGCCAGCUUCGACCAGGGAAACAACAGUGGCCCUCGUGACUACUCUCCGACAAUUACCGAGGACGACGACGACUUACUGGAACAACAUUACAGCUCCCACCGCAGCAACUACGUGACGCCCUCUUCCACUACCAUCGUCAACAAUCCCACCUCAUAUCCCCGUCGGCCUUCAUUGGCCAGUCGUACAUCUUCAUUAUCAGAUAUUCAUACUGGCCCUCCCUCAUUACGUCUCAACACCAGCCGCACAAACUCCAACACGGCUUCAUCCCGCCUGGUUCACGUCUCAAGCCACUCAGAUAUCAACAUCAUUGGCAGAAAGUCAGAGUCUGCAGCAGUGUCAAGUACGGCACCCACCUUCUCGACCUUGUCAACAACAUCUCCCUCGACGUCAGCUACCGCCAUGUCUCCCCUGCGCACCUCGCUGGAAGGCUUCCGUCUUCGUUCUCGUUCCGAGAUUGACUCCAAUUUCCAUCAGGAGCGUAUCCGAGAGGAAAGACGCCGAUGGGAGGAGAAGGAGCGCGCCAAGGAGGCUAAGAAAGCCAGAGAGGACAUGCGUAAACGGGAACGCGAAAACUUUAAGGAGGCCCAGCGCUACGAGAAGGAGCAGCACAUGCUGCACCAAGAGCAGCAGGCUCAAGCUAAGCGAGAGGCAAAGGAUGCUGCGCGCAAGCAAAGCUUCACCAUCAGCGCCCGCAAUAGCUCUAGUGAAAUGAUCCGCCCUUCCAUCAGCCGUAAGAAAACUGCUCCUGAUGCAGAGAAGGUGGCCAUGGGCGAGCUUGGAUUCGCCAGCCGUAACUACGAGAGCACCAACCAAGGCCAGGCGCCUGUCGCUGACGAGGCCACCAUUGACGGCCCUCGUCGCUCCCUAACUGCCAAGCGCAAGACACAGGGUGCCUGGACCAGCUUCGUCUUGUGGUUCCGGACUAGAAUUCUGCGACUCAACAACAUGGCGAAGCGCUGA